AUGGCGUCCAAUGGUCAGAGUGGAAAGUGGGAAGUGGUAGGAAAAGGUGGCAAGAAAAGGGCUCCUAAUGAAGGGAAAAAGAACAAAGUUAAGGCUUCUGAUAUGCCUAAAGCCGAGAUCAUCAGUAAGUUUACUAACUGUAAAUUAUUUUGAGGAAAUACUCGAAAAACUAACUUAGUGUGUGUCGUAACGCCACGUAUGCAACCUGUUUUCGGACUGAGAUCAAAAUUUGUGAUGUCAGUAAAAUCUGCUCAUUAAACAAUUUCAGAAGAAAGUUGUUUUCGACAAAGUGUUAAUCAUGUGAUAAACUCACAAAUUACUAUCUUUAAUGAACAACAAGUUACUUAGUAGAGUUUAUCAGUUUUACAUUGAUAUUCUCUGUGCAGUGAGUGUUUCCCAUCGUAUAAAACUGAUCGAGUGAGUUCGAAGUAGUCUUAAAAGUAAGCUUUUUAUUUUGUGUUAUGUGAUUGCGAUUAUAUAUUUCCUAAAUUCGCGAUAAAAUCUUUGGUAUACCUCAUCAGUUACUUUUACAUCAUUGAUGAGAAUAUUAACUCAAAGGUCAGGUUUACAAGAAAUAAUGGUAAGUAUUAGUAAAAAGAAAAAGCAUGCUUUUAUGAUUUAAAAUUUUAACUUGUGUAGCUAUCUACCCCUGUAUACGAAAAAAUGUGGAGCUAAAUUUGUCUUUCUUAAUUAUAUUGAUUGAAGACAAAAUUAGUCGUACAUUGGUAUUUCUGUCCAACUUUAUUCUUGGAUGAUUUACAAAUAAAACAAUAGUUGUGGACGAACUUUCCUUUGAAAUACGUCUUUAACAACGCAUUACGAAAGGUAGUUCAUCUGGAUGCAUAAUGCAUCUUGUGCCUGUCUUUAUACUAGAGAUGCAUAACCCAGAUGAACUAUAAAAUGUUUGCCCAAGUUCAUCCUGACCGAUAAUGCAUCCUUAGAAUAAAAACGGCCAAUGGCAAGUGGGGAUAUUAUGCCACAAUAAAUGAAAUUAUUGUCUCUUUGGUAGAAUUAUUUUAAGGAAAGGGUUCACAUGGUGACAGACCCACUCAGCCAUAGCUUAUUCUUGUUUCUGUAACAUGAAGUACCUACAAUCAGUGACAAAAUUGUUGAGACAGUGUCUUCAAAUGGGAUAUUUCAGAGAACAAGACAAUCAACACACCUCCCUCUUCCCCUGUUCAUUAAAAGUUGGGGUAUUUGUCGUUUCUUACAUGUUUCUCGAGCAGUGGCAAAACAUUCCUUUAAUGGGAUGGGGAGGGGAAAGAUUCAUUUAUCCCUUUGAAAGUCAGCAAAACACCAGAAAGGCCCCUUAUCAGGUCAUAGUCUCUUUUACCAUUGUUCUGAAAUUUUUAUAUUCUUUAUAAUAAGUCCCAAAUCCAGGGCAUGAAUGCUGCAAUACUGUGAAGGAUGAUAUGUGAUGUGAUAUACCCAGAUACUCUGAAACAUGUCUUUAAAGCUUUAAUAUGUCUCAGUUCUUAAGCAAUGUAAAAGGUUGUUCAAAAAGAGUCAUACCAUUUUGACAUGGUGCAAAUAGUGAGUAAAAGAAAAAUUACAACGCAUUAACAUCUAAUUCAACCAUCACAGCUGUCACUUAAGGCUAGGGCUGGGGAUUUCCCCUGGCCACUCUGAGCACAAAGGAAAUAGAACAUCAAGAACUUCCUAGCCGUUCAAUUUCCCGCCUACUUAUUUCAUAUACCUGGCAACUUGAAAUCUUAGAGACAGCCCUGACCAUGAUUUUUUCCAAUCUUCUUUCUAGAUCCCUUAGCAGCGUCCAAGACAAUUUAUCAGGCUCUGAAGCACCCUAAAGUUCCUGUAACUGAAAUUGGUAAUGGAAAUGUGAAACAUACAGCAGAUAUUCCUGAUGAAUUGCCAGCAGUUUUAACCGAAAGAGUCGCUGAGCAGGCUCCUGAGAUGAAGAAACCUGGUACAAGCUUCAUUGGCAGCAAGAAAAAACCUGCCUCAACAAAACCCCAGAAAACAGAUGAAGAACUGCUCCAGGAGGCAUUAUCAAAGGUGCAUAGUUAGUUAAAAUGCAAGCUGUGUAACAAGUAGCCUUUGUCGCAGAUCGAUGUAAUUUAACCUCGGUUAGUAACAUCUGCAAAGCAGAGCCAAUAUCCUUGUUCUGGGCCACCAGUGGACUAAGCAAAUUACGGGAAGUGCAUUUAGAAUUUGCUUUCAUUGUGAUUGGCAAAUCACCAAUGGAUUUUCAACAUGCCAAUUGUGGCAUGUGCUCAAAUCCUGGUACACACGAGGGGGCCCAGAACAAGAAUUUUGGCGCUGUUUCGCAGACAGACUUAUAACCAGAGUUUACAUGAAUCAAAUUGAAUGUGAGAUACCUUUUCACCCUGUCUAGAAGAAUAACAGAAACAUACUGCCAUACUUCCUUAGUGAAAGCUUUUGGCUUAUACAAUCCUUCCCCCUCCCCCCUCAAUACUGAAAUUCUAGUUAGCUUCAUACUUCCCUUCUAAUAUUUGACACUCAGAGACUCUCCUCCCCUACAGAAUUUUUUGCCACCUUUUACAGUGUAUUCGCAUUUUCUGGAACAACACAAUGUUUGGAUGAGCAGUAUCCUUAUGGCAGAAUGGCAUUUCAUCUAGAGUGUUGUAAUUAAAUAACGGUGUAUUUGACUUCCUUCAAUGUCACAAAACUGGGAGAAGUAGAGAUUUUUGGAGUACUGUUAAUACAUGGUGCUUGUCUCACUUCUCACAUCACUUUGACCUUUACGUUUCAGGUUGAUCUUGAUGAGAUGACAGCGAUAUUGACAAAUCUGGAAUCAUCCUUUUCUAAUAACCCUUCGGUUAGUAAUUUGAACCUAAUAAGUGGCUUUCUGGACUAAACAAUAUAAAAAAAAUCCUAGAAAAAUGCAGACGUACAGUCCAACAUCUGAAUGUUGGCCAACCUCAGAGGGGGGAACUGGCCACUUAGGGUACCUGAAAUCAGCAUCAGAUGUGAUAGAAAUUUAAUUUGGGGGAACAGACACACAAUUUUUAUUCCUUUUUGACAAUCCUUUACAGAUUUGGUGUGGCCCACUGUUAACCUAGCCUUUUCUAGGUGGAGUCAUCUUCUAUAAUAAAAAAUAGAUAACAAACAAGCUUACAAAGUUGAGUAAUGGAGAGAGAGAACAGUUAGUUAAAGAGAAAGAGAACAAGAAUACGUUUGUGAUUCAAUGUCUAUAUUUUACUUGACUGAGGACUAAUUUUUUUAUUACAUUGUAAUCUAAAAUAACGUUUACGGUAAAAACAAUUUAAAAAAUAAAAUGUUGUAACAGGUAAAUAUAGUAACAAUUAAAUACAAAAGCUAAAUUUAUACCAUAGAUAAUAGAGAGGACAUAUCUUGACAUAACAGUCCACAACAUCAAUAAGCAGCAGAGUUAGUAAAGAAAAAUACAACCAUGAAUGCAAUGUCCAGUAGAGGAGGCUGUUUAGUAAAGACAUUAUUUACAGUGAUUUACCUACAAUAGAAAAACUUGUCAUAAUAGAGAUUCCACUAUUAAUGCUCUUUAUGUUGGUUGUGGUUCAAUUUUUUUUCUACGACUUCUGUUGUGUUUUAUAGAUACCUUUUUGAACAUUCUAUGUUAAAAUUUUGCAAACCUUUUUUCCUGUAGAUUUGGUUAACUGAUAUUGUUGCAAAUCUUCAACACAAGCUGAAGAAUGUUCCACAGAAGGACCCAGUAUUUGAAGGCAAACCACAAGGUAGUCUUACUGGGAAAUACACAUUACUGUAGCUAUGGCUUGUUGUAUUAUGGAUGGGGCACUCAAAAACAUUGACCUUUUUUUUUUUGCUUCAGAGAAAAAAAUGCUGUUCAAAUUCAAGAGAUUUCUCUCAUCCUCCUUUCAAAGUUGUUGAUGAUUUUAUUUUGCAAAAUUUUGUAUACUCCAGCUUCAAUGAAGUCAUCUCAAGGAAAAGGGUAUUAAUGAUGCAAUGUGCAGGGUAGUCACUAAGGGCCUGUGGCCUGGUAUUUCAACCCCAACUACUAUGGAAUGAGCAUGAUCCAUGGCUACUUUCACAGGAAACAAAACGAAAUAGGAGCAGAAGAUAUUCCUAGCCGUUGAAUUCCCCACCUACUCAUUACAUAAUCCAGAAACUUUGAAAUCUUAGCAUCGACAGUCCUACGAUGAACAUCAUUAGUCUAAUGAGGAACGAACUUGCAGCCCUCUUGAAGAAAAGUUAAACAGAUUGUAAUUGCGGUUUUUGAAAACUUGUUAGCCUAACAGUUUUUCAAACUAUGUUUUUGUUGUUUGUUCCACUGGAUAUAGUGCUUUGAGAGAGAGGUUUGUUUGAUACAAAGCUACUAUUUUGUCAUUUACUAGUAAAUUCUUCCCUAAAGUAAAGUUCCUUAGCGAAAAAAAAAACAAAAAACGGCAUAGCCAAUAUUAACCCAAUGAACUAGAGAACCUUGACACAGCCCCUUUAAUUGAGCAUAAAAGAUGGACCUUGCCUAGAAAUAGGCACAGUUGACAUGUUCUCACUUUUUUUUCAGACUACCCCAUCUGCUUGUUCCCAGUUCAUUUAAAGACAUUUUUCCUUGCCUUGAUGAAAAAGUGUCCAGAACCAACCUUAAAAAUUGUCUAUCUACGCUCCGUGGAAAACAUGGUCCUGGAGUUGAGUAAAGGUAUUGAGUAACUUGCAAAUAAAAUCAUUACUUUUUAUUCUGUGUUUGAAAUAAAUAAGUGCUUAUGAAAUUAUUAGCAUUUCAUUAAUAUUGGCCACCUGAUAUUUACGGGAUCUAGAAUUGAUUUUGCAUGGGCGUAACAGUGUUGUAUACUGUACUUUUUUCUUCCCCCUGGGCUAAAUUUGCUUGUUAAACUUUCACAUCUGAAUUUAAAUGUCAUAGUAACCCUGGGUUGUUUUAACCCUGCCUUGAACAACCUGGCCCCGAGAUAUAAAUGAAUUGCUAUUGGUAAUGUGUGUAUUUUAUCUGGCAUUAAUAUGGAAUGGCAAUUCCUUAUAUACAAGUAGCUUGAACACUAAAAGGUCAUGGAGCUGGACAGGAUAAUUAUGAUUUCUGGUGACUGUCCAAAAUAUGGUUAUAUAAUAAUAACUCUACUAAUAAUUCCUUUACAAAUAUAAAGACUUGUGAACUUCCUUUCUUGAUCUUGGAAUUGAAUACUUUCAUGAUAACGUGAAUCUCAAGGUCAGGAAAAUUUUAGCUCUGAAGCUUUUGACUGCAUUAAACAGUGAUUUGUGUAUUCAGUCACACUAGACAAAAAGUUCUUAAAAAAACAUAGGCAGAUCAUACCCCAUCUCUAUUUAGGACCAGCUACUGGCAUCUGAUGUAUAACCACUUGUUGUCAAAUGACUACAGGUGUCAGAGUUAGGGUCAGGGUCAGGGUUUCCAGUCCUCAGUAUAUGCCCUAGGGGCACUAAUCAUACAGUGUAUGUAGCUCUCACUCGUUGACCAUUCCUUUUAUAGGGUCAUCUGCCUACGGGGACCAGAUAAUGUUACAGUUUAUUGUACAGCAGUAUCCACAGGUCACUUUGGAUUACUUGAAGGAGGUAAUUUGAUUAAAAAUUGUACAAACAACUUCUUAGUCAAGACUUGACAUGUAUUUCUUAAAGAUCCUUUUAUUUUGAACAAAUAUGCCUAUUUUAUUGAAGAGUGUGUCAAACGGGUGAUGCAUGCUAAUCUCUUGUGUAUGCAUUUGAAACGCUUUCGAAAACAACUUGUUACUAUAAAUUUUUUUUGCGAAAAGUAGGUUGUUGAGUUAUGUGUCUUACAUAAGUUUGCAUGAUACUCUGUAGGUACAAGAUAUGCUUGAAAAGCGUAAGACUCGCACACGUGAGGCAUUGGCAUUGAUGUGGUGUGCAGGACAGCUGCCAGAGAAGAAUCUUGCACGUGGAUUAAGAGGUUUGCUUUUACUGAACACAGAUGACUAUAACCGAAUAUGUGAUGAUCCAAGUUCAGUUUUAAUUCUUAGUGAAUGACAGCAUUUAAUUAAAAGUUACCUCCUGUUUCUUAAUAAAAAGGACAAGUUUGAUAAGUUUAUGUUUAAAUUUCAGUUUGGAUUGAAGUUAUGAUGCCUCACUUAAGUGUCAAGCAGCUGACAAAGUAUUCCAUUUCUUACCUGGAGAAUCUUUUAAGGUAAAAUGCUUAGCCUUAGUUUAAGUAAUGAUCCGGUCAAGAUGGGAAGCAAUUUCUUUUGUUGUGGCACAAUACACUUUCCUCACGUAGGAAUGUUUUCAGUUUCACACAGAGAAUGCAUAAUCCUACAAAAAGGCUUUUCAUGAAAUAAAAUGUAUGUAUAUUUUAAGCUCGAUAUUUGAAGGGCGUUUUACUGUAUUACCCUAAAAGAUUUCAACCAAUCAUGAGAGUUGUAAGCAAUAGCCAAGAAAAGUUUACAAUUUUACAUGUUCCUCAUACAGGAUUUCUGUGUUACUUAACUCAGACGAGAUUUUGUUGUAAGAAAGUUUGUGGAAAACAAGGGAUGAUAUAUAUGCUGCUUUGUAAAGAUUUCGUAAAAUUUAAUGUUCAAACCAAUCAAAAGUGUAGUAGAGACAAUGGUAAAGUUGCCACCUUUAUGCAUUAUCCAUCGUGUUUAUUGCGUUUGGUUUUUUCCUUCUUAUCUGGACCAGUACCUAACCUCUAAACAGCUAUGUUGGUUCAACAGCAGCUGUCUAUACUAGGUGCAAUGACCCUUCUGAGCGAAGUAGAGGUGGUAACUGACAAUUAACCCUAAAAUCAUUUAUUCCCCCAACUGCUCGUUUUUGCCAUGAUGGUCAUUGCAGUAGGAGGAAUGGCCAAAGCAAUAACAUAUGCAACCAGGGCAGUGAAUCCUACAUUUAGUGCAUUCAUUAGUUUUCUUGUAAUUGCCCGCUAAGCGAGAUUACCCUAUUAUAUUGAAGUGGCUGACCCAUGGAAAUCUAUGUAAGUUUCCAGUUGAGUUGAGAAGGCGCCAUUGCUAUUCAUUUCAGAAAUAUAAGUUAGUACUGUUAAUAUCCAAGGUAAUAACUGCUACCCCCAAAUAAGCACUCUCCCUGAUUAUCCUUGCGAACGGCCAAAAGAAAUCUAAUUUACUUGUUUAAGGUUGUUGUUGUGGGCCAGGGGCCAGGGUUUUCCCCAGCUAUUAUAUGCAUGAUCCCUGGAUACUUUCAUGGGAAACAAAGGGAAAAUAGGACCAGAAGAACCUCCAAGCAGUUUAGUUCCCCUCCUACAAAUUACGUAUGCCUGGAAACUCGAAAUCUUAGUGACAGCCGUCUUUUUAUUCUCAUUAAAGCACUUGCAAAUCAACAAGUACUCAAGAGGCAGUUAUGGAAGCCAAGGAGUUUUUUGCUAUAAUGGAGCUGGCAUUUUCUCCAUCAUCACCCCUUGCUGGUAAUCCAAGGUAGGAGAGAAAAAAAGCUUGAGAAAGCUUAAAUCUGGAGAGAAAAAACUGAAAGAUAGAGUUGUUUAUAAAAUGUUAACAGAAAAUUUAACUCUUUUUUCUUACAUUCUUCACACAAUUUGUAUUCCAGUCCAGUGAUUUUGUUACCCUGCAUCCUGCGUCCCUGAAGCAUAAGAAUCCCCAAAGACGCAAAAUAAAUUAUUUGUGGUAUGCAUCGAUUGAUCGAUCUGAAGAUGUCAGUGUAGAAUAUCCUGUGUGUGAUUUCUGUGGCUGCUCUUGUGGCUAUUGUUAAACAAUGUUUAUUUCUUAGUCUUUUCUGUGCUUUACAAUAGAAGGAGUAUCUGUUUAUCUCAGUAAACUGCAAUACAGAGUUUUGGAGUCUAUCUUCAGAUUCGCUGUGUGGUUACAAAAUACCCAGGGACUCACUGUUUUUUUUUGACUGGGUCACAAUAGUUCUGAACUGGGACUCAUGAUUUUUCAGAAGAUGAGUCCUGGACUCACCAUAACUACUUGUAACAAAAUCGCUACCAGUUGAAGGUCAUUGCCCACUGUAUUGCACAUUUCUUUGUCUUGAAAUGUGAAUUUUUCCUUUAGAGGUCCAUUGGUUUUUUGUUUUGCAAGAAUCUAUCCCUUCCAAUCCCACAGAAAUACAGAGUAACAAUAUCAAGUUUUCUUUUUAAAUUGUUGUGUUCUGUUGGCCCUUUUUUUUCUCUGCAAGUGUAGAUUGUUUCCUGAUCUACAGUGUGAUUUCUUCUUGACUUGAGUUAACUGCUUUGAACAACAACAAAACUGCAAAACUUGAGUAGAAAAUGAACAAGGCUUGGUUCAGUGCUGCCCAAACAAAAUCAUAUCAUUUUAGGUGUCCAUCAGUGUAAUUUGUAGAAGGGUUAAACCUUUAAAUAAUAUGUAUUUCUGACGUAUGGGACUUGAGGGGGACCAGAACCUUUCUUCAUAAUAUGUAGCUCCAGAAAAUUUCCAUACUCCCCCCAACAGAAGGGAUUGGAAAUUUCUGGGGGCUGGGGGAGGGGGUCUCAAAGGCCCAAAAAUUUAAGUAAAUGUAUGAAGCUUGACUGGAAUUUCCAGAGAGGUGGGGAGGUCUAAGGACAAAUCCCUUCCGUUAGGGAGGUAUGGAUAAUUUUCGGAACCACACAAUGUAUAAUUUGUAAGAACUCCUAUUUUUGUUCUGUUUCUUUUGUUUGUAGUUUGCAGCGGAAGUUGUUGUUACUAUACCCUCAGCUGAAGGUACUGCAUAGUUAGUACAAGCAAAGAACAGUAUUUUUACAUUUCAAAGUUGGAUAUUAGUGCUAUGGUUCGUACAGGCAUUUAAAAGACCUUGUACUGAGCUCUUGAAAAGGGGCCUUGGCUCUCUGAGAAUCUUAAAAGUACCCCGCAACAUCAUGCCAGUGAAUGAAGGACCUUUUUGUCUAGUUGUGAUAAUUACUUUAAUGUAUGUAUUUAUUGAAUUUAAAUUGUGCUGUUUUAAAAGGAUUUUAAUUUUACUCAGAGAGCAACUUAAGAUUUCAGUUUAAUUAACAGUGGUUUUACAGAAAGAGCUUACAAUAAUUGCAAUUCAUUUCAAUGAAACUUUACCUUGGAAUCAAGCAACACUAUGAAAUAAGUACAUGUAUGGAACUCUCAAGCUUAAUGCAAGGCAUGGAGUUUUCCUUUCUUUGUCAGUUAAGCUGUGAAAUAGGGAAAAUUUCAAAGCUUAAAAGUCAUGCUUUGUUGUCUCCUUAAUAAAGAGUUGUUUGGGGCUGUGAUGUUUCGCUAAACUCUUCUCAAACUCAUUAAUAAUUCAUUAAGAAAAUACAAAGGAAAUUAAUGUUUAAUGAGUGUUUGUAAAUCGGAUGAAACACUGCUUAGUAUUUGCAUCCAUAAUUUCUCCUUCAAAAAUGAUUUUGUUUGAGAAGAAAUAUCAAACAUUCGACACAGUGUUUCAUCACCAGAUGAAACACCUCGAAGUUCGUCAAAAAUACUCCGCUGCGCGUCGUAUUUUCAACUCUCUUCUCGGUGUUUCAUCUGGUGAUGAAACACUGCAUCUCAUGUUUGAUAUAUUACAUGAAAUAAGAAAAGACCUAAUUUUUCAUCCACUUUCUUCAGAGGCUGUCACUACAUGCUGAGUCCAGGUCUGUAAGCAGGUUGUAUUUUCCACCCCUCCUUGGCCGUCUUUGCAAUGAUCUUCCUCUGGAAUAUCAAACAGAGGUACUGUAAAAAUUCCAUGUUUGUUCCUCUAUAUAAUACAUGCAAUAAAUAGAUAGAUAGAUAACUGUCAAUUGAGAGGUAGCACAUCCACACAGUGUUUAAUUUUCUACCAUUCCGGAUUAAGUUGGAAUUCAGAAAUAUUGGGUUUUGAGGAGAGGGGAAAAUCAUAAUACCUGUAGUUAAACCUCUUGGAGUAAGGGCCGGAAAUAACAACAAACUCCGCCCACAAGUUGUGUCACCUCUGGGAUUUGAACCCAGGCCCCAUUGGAGAGAGAUGGGUGCCGUCACCUCUGUACUAGUCACCCUCUCAAUUCAAAGGGGUUAUCUGAUGUUUACAAAUCAAGCUCAGGUUUGGACACUAGAAAAAAAGCUACUCAGUAUUUCUUCUUCUUUGGCGAUACGCUUAAACUGUCUUCCACUUUUGGUUUUGGUUGGCAAUUUAUUCAGAGAAAAAUCGGGAUUCAUGUUACACUUUUCAAGUGAAAAAUGGAACUUUACGUUGAUCAAGCAAGUGCUUCAAAUAAUUAGGUAUGAUCAUUUGCCUUGUAGGUUUUGAGCUGCCUGGUAACGUGUUUAGAAAAAGAUGCUGAAUGCUUUACAAAAUGGGAGACCUGCUAUACAGCAACCUUGCCACAAUCAGGGUAUGUUCAACUGUCAUCACCAGCUGAGCUUGAGUCAUUAUUUUGAAACAUUUAAAGUUAUCUCUGUUAUCUUGAGAUUGAGGGAAACCUUGAAAAUAUUAGUUUGUUGAAAGUGGAAAUACUGAAGGUGUAGUGCUCCACACCAAAGAUUAUGGAUGACUUAGGAUCGAUGGGAUUAACUUGGAGUACAAACAAUGAAGUUUAAUCAUUUUUAGUACAAAUCAAAACUGCAGCCAGAAAUAAUUAUUAGAGUAAAGGUGAGAGGAGACCAUGGUUUAUAAGGCAAACACAUUUAGUUAAAAAAUGUGACCUUCCUUAUGCAAAAAUGAUGGGAUAUAGCUUUAAAAAUGCAUGCCGGGAAUAGAGAGAGAUAGAGAGUAUGAGAAAAUAAGCCAGAAAGCCUGUUGUGAGGUGACUACACAUAAGACUAAGAUUUCCUCUGUGCUGGGAUGCAUGGAAAAAUUUAAGGGUUUUUAUGGGGAAAGUUGCUGAACCACAGAGCUUGGAGCCCAGCGCGUUUUUCCAAUGGUACAAUUGUAUCUUCAUUGUAUCUGCGUGCCAGUAUCCAGCCUGAGCAUGAAAAUGACACACAAGUUACAAAAAAGAGUGCCAUUCUUCUGGGAAAAGUCUUGUCCGUCUGUAGAAGUGUUUACUGGAUUUUUCCAUUGAUCUUUUUCCCAUCAAGGUCAUGCCUGUCGGAUGUCUUUACCAUGAUGUUAAAUUAAACGUAUGCUUGUAUUUCCUUCAGAUUGCUGUUGAAUCAUUUAGUCAGAACUUGGGACUCCCUAAGCACAGUAAGUGAAGUAGAACCUGGACUGUGGCUUACAUUGAAAUGGUCUUUGAGCAAACGGAGAGAGACUGGGAAGAGACGCCCCACGUUCACUUGGGAGCGCGUUAGACGGCUCGCGUGCUUCGAGAAUCUAGCUGAUUCGCUAGCAGCAGUUUAUUCACGAGGGAAAGAAACCGACUGUUUUCCAUUCUUAGUUCUAAGAAAUAGUGGAAAUGUAAUGUGGAAGUUUGAGUCCCGUUAAGUUACUCCUUUGCAUAAUUCACAUUACAGGUUCUCAAGAGCAAAAUCUUCAACGUCGUUGAAUUAUUUCAAACGAAAAACAACUCACUUUUGGAAAACAACAAAGCAAAGGUAGGUUUCUAUUAGGUGGCUGGUCGCAGUUGCCCCCCCCCCCUCCUCCCCCCUGGUCUCCCGUCGUUUCGUUACAAUACUAUCUUUAGAAAAGUUAUGGGGAUAAAGAAGUUUCGAGUCCCGCCCCUCCCCCCUAGCUUUUCCAAUGAUCCGCCCCCUAAACUGUGAUAAUUCCUCGUCACAAAUGCGUUUGGUUGAAAAGACAACUCAUUGUCCAAAAGGUUGAGAAUUAACCUUUCACCAGCCCCAGCCCCCCCCCACUUCUCCUUCCCCACCUAUCGGUGUUGGUGAUGAGGUAUAAGCUACGUUCCACGACAAAUUAUUGUUAUGCAACUUUUGGAUAACUUCGAUAAGGUGGAGCACUAGUGCUGAUUAUUUUUGCAGCCCUGAUCUUAUCACUUUUGUUCAUUACUGUAUCACAAUCUUCACGUUUAAAGUAAAUUGAGCUGGAUUAUUAUCGUAACACGUCAAUUAUGAAAUAGCGAAUAGCGAAUAGCUAAUCUCCAAGGUUUCACUGUAGCGAAAUGCCUUUUUAGCAAAACGGUUGGUAACCCUAUACCUGUUCUGCUAUUUUUGGUCAUUUUCUUCACAUAACAGGUUACCGUAGAAGCAGUAACACCUGUCAAAACACUCUUAAUUUUACCUUUAAUACUUUCCAAGCACGGAAAAUUCAAUCGAUGAUAGUAGCUUUUGUUGGUUGUUAUAUCUCUUUACUCUUAUUGCAUGAUCAAUUUUUUACAGUGUAACUGAUUGUGACUCCAAAAUGUGACGUUCCUCCAACUAACGUGAUAAUAGUUUUAAGGGAUUCUACAUAAUAAGCAAGCAAUUUGUUUGCACCCCAAAAAGUAGUCGGAAUAAUGAAAUUGUUGUUGGUCUAAUUGACGAUUGGCAGGAAAGUCUUUAAAAUUGGUUUACUUAACUGCGCUUUUCCGAUAGAGAUUUUGCCUGCAUACGCGUGGCUCUUUUAUAGUAAUCCUAGUCAAACUGUAGUGGGCACUGACUACUGCAAAGGCGUUGAAGUCUUUUCGCUAGUACAGAAAUUAUAACAUUGUGUACGUUGUAUGAGAUGUCAUCUUGGUUACCUGUUAGUGUUGGUGAAGACUGUUAAAUAAUUCAUAAUUGAUGUGUAGCUUUUAUUGAGUGGACUCUUAUGCUUUGUUUCCCAUCAGAUAGGUCUUAGCAGCUGUGUGAAAGCUUGUCAGGUAAGGCAUAACUUCAUUUAAGCGAUAUUCAUGUUAAAAGGGGCACAAACAACGUGCCAACCUCGCUAGAUAUGUGGAAACUUGUCUAAUUAAACUGACUCACUUCUGCAGGUUGUUUAUGGUAACGCCUUUAAUAAUACAAUCAUACCAGCUAUCAUUCCGCAAUCCACUGAAUUACUUGCCAAUCAUAACGUAUUGACAUCCGAUAAAUUUCUAUGAUUGGCUGGCGAAUAAAAGCAACGUGAAUUGCACGUGCUAAUUAGAAUCCAAAGCAGCCUGCGAACAGGGUUGCUUUUAUUGCACUGCCGGGUUUUCCGAGAAAGUUGCGUUAGUGCCAAGGUUUUCUUGCUUUAUAACCUGUAGUAAGAAAACAAAACUUUUAAGUGAGCGACAUUUCUACCUUGACAACACCCUUUGAUGGCUGAAGAAAGCAGAUCGGUGAGUUUGUAUAAUACUUAUUACCACCUGUUGUGUUAACCCAGUGAGUAGCAGUGUGCUAACAUUGCAAAUUAUUUUUGACUUUUCACAUAUAUAUUUUCAAGAUUUUAUACGUGUGUUUGUUUGUUUUUUUUUUUUCACGAGUCGAGAAUCCUUGAAGUUCUUUUCUUUAGAACGUUAAGGGCUUUUUAUGGACAUCAGUAAUUUAUGUAUUUCAUAAAUAUAUUCCUCAAAUUGGUGGCAAAAUUGCACUAGUAGCUUUUUGUUCAAAUUCAUUCGUCGUCGCUUCGCAACCAUCUUCCAGUCUUAACUUCGUAAAACAAUUUCAGAGAUCCUAUAUGAAUGUGUCGCACAAAAAUACAGAAAACAAGCAGUAAAUAAGACUUACUUAUGCGAUAUCAUCGUAGAAGGAUUAGUGGCAAUUAGUGUUUGUGACUUAACGAGAACUUAAAGGUGCUAAGUGGUUUUGUUGGGGAGCGAGGGACAGGUAAAUAAAUGGUCUUGUCUUGCGGGUUAUGUCUCCCAGCGUUGUUGUAUUACUCCACCUGUUCCGAGUUAGUUUUUGUUCCCCUCUAUUGAUAUGUUUUAGAGAGUCUUCUCCCGUGAGGAAAAAUCAACAGAAAAGAAGUACAGCGACCUAAAUCAUGUCUGUUUUGAUAUCGACUACUUUUCGCUAUUUAUUCUAUUGUGGUUUCCACUGACUUAAUUCACUGUUGGUGUUGGUUGCGUUUGCUAAAGGUGCAUGUGUCUUUUUCAUGCAAAUCACCAGACUACACUUUUUCCUUUUAAUUAUUAAAUUACACUUAAAUAAAAUAUUACAGUUUUAAUGCUCUGCACUGUUUUUAUUAUAUGAGCGAACCUGUUUUUAAACGCUCCCCGGCCUUCUUAAAUCCACAUUCACGAUGAACUAAACACCAGCUUUUCUCAUUCUCGUGUUCUUUUCUAUGAUGUUAUAACGGUAAGACAUUUGUUUGUGGUUUGUUCUUGUUUUGUUAGGCUGUGGACGAAAAGAAAGUUCGAAGAAAAGGAUCUUUGUUUUCUUUUGGAAAACUCUUCAAGUUAAUUUUGUUAUUGUUGGUAGCAGCUAUUGCUGUUGACAUCUAUAAAAACAAAGGCUAUAAAGGUACUCUUAAUUUUAUUAGUUUGUUGUCUGUUUAUUCUAACAUCUUUUCUUUGUAAUCAUGGCUUGCCUUAAUUUUCAUUUUCUUUCUUUUCUUUUGUUGGUGUGGGAUCCCUACUUUUCAACUCUUUUUCUCCUUUAUAUUGGUUGUUUACCAUUUACAAAACGUUCCCAGAAAAAUCAUGUUGGAAAGUAAAUGGAACAGGAGUAUUUGAAUCGUUCCAGCGGAUAAUUUUCGGGAGCAACGGAAUGUCUGAAAAGUCCUGUUUUUCCAGACAGAAUGUUCCACACGGAAAUUCGAGUUCUUUUUUUUCAAAUCCAUCUUUGAUACCAGCUUCAGGUUUUAACUGAUUUGUACAAUUGACAAACGCGAUUCCGGACCGAAAUUUACCAGUCCUGAAUUUUGCCCAAGCCGUGAACCGACCGAUUCACCCGUGUAAAUGGUAAACAACCAUUGUCCUUCCUUCAUUCAUUUUAACAGCGAGCAAAACAGCACAGAUUGCAAAGGACUAUGGUAUAGAAGAAGCGGCAUUGACAGGUUAUGGACACAUAGCAAAGAGUUUGAGUGCGACAAACAGGUAGCUACUACAAGUGGUACUUGCCGUGUUUCUUUGAGAGAUGCGUUUGAUUGAUGGUAUUUCGUAAUAAGGAUAUACAGAAAUAUGUGACAAAUCUCUUCAAUCUGACCUGGAGCCCUUUUCUCGAAAGGGCCCGGUAACUUUUCGAGCCCGAAGGCAAAUUUUAAACUCAAAACCUGUGAAAAGUUUCACAGUUCCUAGCUCACAAAUAGCUCAAUUUUGCUUCGUUAACUAAUAGUUUCAUUUUCAAUAAUUUAUGAUUGAAACUUUGAUAUCGAAUACCAACACGACAGAUAUAAAACAGCUUUCCGGGCCCGAAACGUUACCGGGACUUUCGAGAAAUGGGUUCCCAGGGGCCGGGUUUUUCAAAGCUGGAUUAAGAUAACCCAGGGUUAGCAGCUUCAAUUGAGACUAAGUGGAAUUUGCUUGCCCUUUAUUCCGCGCUAUAAGUUUUAAGACAGUUAAGUUAUCCCCAAAUGCAGUGGGUUGCGUUUUCGAGCGGGUUGGCCAUUAUCUUGUACACUUUUUGAUUUUUAUAAUUUAUUGUAAUAAUAGUUCUGCUCAUUUGCUGUUGCCGUAUAAUUGACACGUCAAAGCUCCUUCGUGCCCUAUAGGAGACUGACUCAGUUUAAAAGCCUUAGCAGAGCCGUGCAUUUCGUAGCCCCUAGCCUGAGACGCAGGCACUCUAAACCGCCCUAUAGAACGUCUGCGACGGACGGUACCAAUGGUCUGGAAGAUGUUGGGGCCAGCUGCAACGCAGGCCACGAUUCUUCCUUCGAAAUGAUGAUCAAUUAUGUCUUAUUUGUUUGCAGCUGGAUACAGAAAAACUAUCCUACGUACUACAACAAGUUUAGAGAAUACUCCGAUCCAGCAGCCGUCUUUGUCUGGGAGAAACUUGUAGUUGCUGGAACAUUUAUAGCGGACACAACCAAACCAGCAAGAAAUUAUCUUAACAAAAAAAUACCAGAGCUUUUAGAAAAGGUGAGACGUUGACUAAGUGGUGUGUCAUGUUGCGCGGGUAAAAGUUGGCACUGACUCUUUAAACUGAAAAUAGUUUUCAAAUCCCACAUGUCACGAUUAUUUAACGCGGAAUCGACGUCUAAUCAACAUAACAUGCUACAUAAUUAUUUUACUCCGCGUACGUGAUAUAGGUUGUGGGCUCAUGUUUCUCACUAAGACAAACUAAAAUAACUUCCCUGACAAGAAGGACAUUGAGGUUUGCGCAUCAAAAAUUUUUGAAAUCUAUCACGUUUCUGUUUUCGCCCGCUAUAAAUCGAGUAACAAUUGCCAUUAUUAACUUUGGCGUAAAAUUUUUGGAAAUUUUCGGUAUUGUAUUGUUCCAAUGAACGAGUAACGUUGCAAACGAAGCCCUUUUUUGAGUCGCCGACAAACGGAAGACAUCCCCAUAUCAUUAUGAAAUUAACUUUUAAAAAAAAGGAAAAAGAAGAAGCAGAUUGUUACUAGUAUUCUGAAAUGGCAUUUUAACCUAGACUGCAAAACAGCCGGUUUUUUUCUCAAAAUCAGUAAAGAAAUCGGUAAAGCGUGGGGUAAGACUCUUACGCGCGCGAAGCGUGUGAGGCGAGAGAAAAAAAACGUAUUUUUAGCGUCUCUCCCCAGUCUCGCUCUCUGUUUUCAGCCUCAUUCCAGACCUUUUAUUUGACUGCUCGCGCGUACUUGAAUACGCAAAAAUACGGACUGUUUUGCAGUCUAUUUUAACCCGCCUUUUCAUCUUUUCCCCACAGAUCGAAACCGAAGCCCCGGUGUAUAUCGGGAUUGUUCGGGAUUACCUUACCGACGUCUGGAAUAGAUUGUGGCCGGUCGUUCAUAAAUACCUGGUGAUAGUUUGGGAUUUCUUAUCAGAGAACGUUCCAUUACUCCUUUCUAAGGCGCAAGAACUUUUAACAACCUUAGCUUCCAAGGUUUACGAACUUGCUCCGGAUUUCUUCUCCUCUGUGGCUUCCUGGUUUGCGAAACUCGGGGAGAAGAUCGUAGAGAAGUUGCCUGAUGUGUUAGCUGUCAUUCAGGAGUAUGCAGUAAUAGCUAUCAACUUGGCUGUAAAUCUUAUUAACAGUGUACUAGAGUGGAUUCAGAGUAUGGCUGGAAGGUACGUGGUCAGUCUGGGCAGUGUCAUGGCCUUUGUUUUGGCAACCCUGUUCCCUAAUUCUUUAUCCAAAAAGGUUUUGAUACUACGGCUGGCUUAUUAACCCUUUCUCGACUCACGGUUGCAGGAAGAGAGCAGCAAGACCUCAAGUAGUCGCCCUAUUUUAUCAGGGUUAGCGUCAAACCUCGUCCGCAGGGUCUACGCUGGCCACUCGGCUUAUCGAACAACAUUUGACAUCAGCGGAAAAUAGUAUUUUGCACUUAGCCAACGCGUAAUGUUCAUCCUUGAGCUUUCCUUAAACUGUUUUUUGAAUCCUUCCUUGAGUGUGAGAGAGGUCUUUAAAAGCACGCGUACGUUUGAUUAUAAUUAAACAUUGACUCCGACAAAAGCUGUUCUACCUUUUUGAGAAUGAGGGCUUCUUCGCUGAGCUCAAGGGUAGAAUGGAAGGCCAUUAUCAAUCAGAGUUUGCGCCAUACUUCUCUUCUAAAGUCGUUCUCAAAUCACACAGUAAAACACCUUCCUGGUGUUCUGCCCUCGUUUUCUGUUUCAGCAACUAACCCUAGUUUGCUUGUCUGUUGCAGCGCCGAAGUCGAAGACGGAGUUCAGCAGACACCACCGAUGACUGGAUCAUCAAAACCCGUGUAGCGCGUGAGAAGCUCGCCAGUACCAUCCCAAGGUGUCAGAUGAGAGAUCUCCGUGGCUCAGAAGGAGGAUUUCAAGACAACAAACCGCGACUGAUUUUUUAGCUUUUGCGUGAAUACGGAAUGGUCGCUUAGGCGUUGAUAUUUCCAUUGCGGUGUUGACUAGGAUUUUCUUAAGGUCAUUCAAGUCAGUUAUCAUACAUGAUUAUCAAACUGCUAUCAAGAUACUGCUAAUUGCACAGAAGACUGAGUUCUCAUAAUAAAUUACUUCCAAUUUACUGUUACGAAAGCAUUGCGGAGUACUGAAUCAGUGAAACAGACGUCUCUCUCCUGGUUCUGACUAAGUCCAGGCUCAGUUGUCCAGCCAAUAGAAAAAAAAAACACUUUUAUAAAACCCGGCGAGUUUUUUCCGACUUCCUUUUAUUAUAAGAUGCAUUUGAUUGACAAGCGCGUCUUGUGUGAACAAGUUACAUUUACAUGACAUUUUCCAUUUCUCACCUCGUUCUCCUUCCACGUGUGACAAAAGAAAAUAUUUGGUGACGAAUUUACGGCAAGUCCUCCAUCCUUUCUAAGCUUCGUAUUAGCUAUUAAAGAAAGAGCGCGAAGCGUGGGAUACAAAUAUGAGGACAUACAUGACGCCUUCCCGGGUGUGUUAAUUUAAGGAGAACAG